GGCCGGGCCCUUUUUUCUUCGCAACAUACACCUCCACAAUAUUCUUCAACACUCUCACUUCCUCUCAUUCAAUACUGGUCUCUCUCUGCCUUUUUCAUAGUGUGCGGUCGAUCUAUGCACCACCUCACCUUUCCCUCUUGCUGCAGUUGGAGGCCGGGAGUGCUGCAGCUGGAAGAGAGGAGAGAAGCUGGUGGUUUCCCUCUCCUCCAGCUCUCCCCUCCUCUCUCCCCCCCCCCCCCCCCCCCCCCCCAUAGAUCGAUCACAGCCAAGACAGAGCAGACAGAGACAAGAGUUAGGCUGUUCUACCACCUGAUCAUAUAAAAUAUGAUCCUCCAGCAAUUCUUCCAUCCACACACAAACUGAAGCAAGAAUUAUUGCUUUUAUAUAUCUUGUCUGUACUUUUCUCUAUUUUUUCCCCUCCUCUUCUGUAUUUCCAUUGUGCAGCUUGUUUAGUAGAUAUCAGUGGAUCGAUGUAUGAUGGAGGAAACAAGCUAGCUAGCUAGCAGCAGCCAGCAGCAGGGAGAAGGAUAGAGAGAGAAAAAAAUCCUAUAUUCUCGGCCCUUCUCCAGCAGGUCAUCUGCAGAUCUGUCUCCUGUGACCUUACAAAGGCCAGGACCAGGAAGGAAAUGGCAUCGCCGUCGAGCACCAGCAACAACUCGGCCCUCUCCCCUGUGGCCGCGUCAGGGGCGACGACGCCCGGUGCCGGGGCGCCGUGCGCGGCGUGCAAGUUCCUGCGGCGCAAGUGCCUGCCGGGGUGCGUGUUCGCGCCCUACUUCCCGCCGGAGGAGCCGCAGAAGUUCGCCAACGUGCACAAGGUGUUCGGCGCCAGCAACGUGACCAAGCUGCUCAACGAGCUGCUGCCGCACCAGCGGGAGGACGCCGUGAGCUCGCUCGCCUACGAGGCCGAGGCGCGCGUCAAGGACCCCGUCUACGGCUGCGUCGGCGCCAUCUCCGUGCUCCAGCGCCAGGUCCACCGCCUGCAGAAGGAGCUGGACGCCGCGCACGCCGAGCUCCUCCGCUACGCCUGCGGCGACGUCGCCGCCGGCAUCCCCACCGCGCUCCCCGUCAGCGUGAGCGUCAGCGCCGCGCCCAGGCUCUCCACGGCAAUGACGACGAGCCCCGGGCAGUUCGCUGCAGCAGCAGCCACUGCGCAUGCCACCGCCGGCAUGUACGGCAGCAGCCGGAGGCUCGGGGUCUUGGAUGGCGUAGUAGCGGCGCCACCACCGCCACCGCCAGCGGGCGGCUGCUACUUCAUGCGGAACCACAGCAACGUCAUUAGUAGCCCCCCAGGCGCUGACGUGGCGCCCGUCCUGCCUUACGCUUCCAUGGCUAAUUGGGCCGUGAAUGCCAUCAGCGCCUCGACGACCACCACCUCUGGAUCAGAGAGCAUUGGUGGGUUGGAUCACAAGGAAGGGGGAGACAGCAGCAUGUGAAGUGAAGGAAACAGGAAGCGCCGCCGUGAAUGUGAUUUACUAGCUCCUUGUUAAGAUGUGGAGACAUGGAUGCAUGCAUUUGAGCCCUUUGGCCUUAAUGAGCUGUGGGAUCGGAGGAGUACUCAGCUUGGUGAAGGAAAGGAAGGAAGCUUCAGGGGGAAUCGGUCCAUCUCAGGUUGAUUAAGAGCUAAGGAGCAAUCUAUAUAACUAUAUAUCUAUCUAUCUACCUUUCGCUAUAUAGCCGACAUGAAUUAUAUAUAUCGACUGCAUCCCCUUUUUGCAUGUGUUGUGCAAACCAUACUUUGGAGUACUAAAUGUAAUCGAAUCGAGAUCUUGAUCUCUCUUCUUUUCAUGAUUAAUUCUUCGUUUUCGCAGGA